AUGAAAGCAGCUAUAUUUAGUGAUUUUGUGAAAUAUGCCAAUUUUUUCUAUAGCACCAUAAGUGUACAACCCUACGAGGACUUGGGUGUUAAGCAAAGCAAGUCUAUGUUAUCCCUUUUGGUUUUUUUGGUGGGCAUUAUCAAUAUGAAUCUUAUGCUGUUAAGUGAGAUUGUCUUUGUCAUAAUGGCCGUGGUAAAUGGCAAUAAUUUCCUGGAGGCCACCAUGACCAUGUCCUAUAUUGGUUUUGUUUUAGUGGGAAAUUGCAAAAUGUUGUUUAUUUGGCUGCAAAAAUCAGCUUUAACUAGAUUUGUUAAUGGUUUAAAGAGAAUUUUCCCCAAGGACUUGCAAUCACAACAUAAUUACAAUUUACACAAAUAUUUAAAGGAAUGCUCGCUUAUAACUUUGAGCUUUUCUUUACUUUAUAUGAUUUUAAUCUGGACCUAUAAUCUGUUUAGCAUUGUGCAAUUUGUAAUCUAUGAUUACUGGCUGGGGGUGCAGGAGGUGGAGCAAACUCUGCCAUAUUUAAUGUAUAUACCCUGGGAUUGGCACAAUCACUGGUCGUAUUAUGUGGUGUAUGCUGCUCAGGAUUUGGCGGGUUAUACCUCGGCGGCUGGUCAAAUAGCCAGUGAUUUGUUUUUGGUGGCCUGUGCCACGCAACUUAUAAUGCAUUUCGAUUAUGUGGCCAGCACCAUUGCUGGAUAUCAGAGCAGAGAGGGUGAAAGAGGCUUGAACAGGGGUGUGGCCAAGGAGGAGGAUAUACAAUUUUUGAGAAAUAUUGCCAGAUAUCAUGCCUAUUUGUUGGAUUUAUCUGAACAGAUUAACCAUGUCUUCGGUCUGCCCCUGCUUCUAAACUUCAUUACCUCUUCGUUUGUUAUUUGCUUUGUGGGCUUUCAGAUAACCAUUGGUGCCUCCCCGGAGACUGUGGCCAAACUCAUUUUAUUCUUAUUCUCCUCAACCGCUCAGGUCUAUUUGAUUUGUCAUUAUAGCCAGCAAUUAAUAGAUGCGAGCACCAAUAUAGCCCGUGCGGUUUACAAUCAAAAUUGGUCCCAGGCAGAUGUAAGCUAUCAAAAAAUGUUGAUACUUAUAGCAGAACGUGCUCAGAAACCAGUGCAGCUGAAAGCCACUACAUUUGUCAGUGUAUCGCGCAGAACCAUGUCUGAGAUCAUGCAAAUAUCCUACAAAUUCUUUGCUGUUUUGAGGACAAUGUAUUCGAAUAAAUAA